AUGGCGCUACCGGAGGCGCCCCCGCCACGCCGAGUUCCGCGGCUGUCGCGUCGUCUCUCCGCCGCGGAAAGAAGGCGCUCGGGGAGGCCCUCCCGCCGCGGCGCAAGGCCCGACGGGAGUUGUAGUCCCGUGAGCCGCCCUGCCCGCCUGCCGCCGCCCGGCGGGAUCCAGCGGGCGAACUACACUGCCAGUGGGCGCCCGGAUGUCUUCUCUCGGGACGUGAAAACAUCCGAUGAGAGCAAGAAGCCACCCCCCCUAGACCCGGCAAGCAAGAUGCAGCAGCUGCUGAUGGAGUUAGAGGAACUGUUCCAGCACAUGGAAGUAAUGUUUAGUUUGACAUGGGUUCCUCAGGCUCUUUUUCUGCUUGGAGGCAAAGUUCUAAGCCCUGAGGAGCUCUAUGGACUCAACUUCGAGACUAUCUAUGAGGGCAGUGCUGAGAAGAGCCUGGAUACUGCAUCCUGUGUUCGCAAGCUUUUUCACUCCCUCUUUGUUGCGGAUGUCUUCAGUGAACUCAAGGAUCUGCCUGUCGUGGGCACUGUUGUCGUGCUCCAGGGGCACUGCCCUUGUGGUGUUGACCGGUUCUGGCCUAAGCUCAACUAUGAAGUGCCGACACGAGGAAGGAAACUGACCAUGAACUUGUGGUGUGAUGGAGGCGUCCACAUAAGCCCCUCACCUCAUCAGCAUAUGGCUUCUACUUGGGAGGACUACAUCUGGUUUCAAGCACCGGUGACCCUCAAAGGCUUUCAUGAAUGA